UUGGCUCCACAUGUUGGAGUAUCGCGCAGCUGUAAUUGCCCGUUGAUAUAUUAUCGGAAAGCCGGAUAACUGGAGGAGGAUUUGAGGAGAAGUCGGCAAAUAUUGUGUUGACGUUGGGGUUAAGUGCGUCUCCCAUUCCCGUUUGCCAUUAUGGGAGGGAUGGAUCGGCAGCGGAGGGUAUCCCUGGCUCUUACCUUGAACUUCCUCGCGCUGAUUCUAGCCGUGUCUGCGUUGACAACCAGCUACUGGUGCGAGGGGACACGGAAAGUUGCAAAACCUUUCUGUACCGGACCGGUCACCACGAAACAGUCGUUCUGUAUCAGGUUCAACAGCUCGAACAUCAACGACAGCAGACUGGUCCAGUACAUCUGGGAGUCCGGCGAGGACAAGUACAUUAUGAGGAAGUUCCACACCGGGAUCUGGUUUUCGUGCGAGGAGAACGUCAAUAUGACAGGUGAAAUCUGCAGAAGUUUCAUUUAUGUCACACCCUCACAUGAAAGAGGAGUGCUGUGGCUGUGUAUCGUGUCAGAAUGUCUGUAUAUUCUCCUCCUGGCCACCGGAGGCAUCCUCAUGUCCAUAGAGGCGUGUCACUUAGGAAACGUCAUCGACGGCCUCAAACUCAACGCCUUCGCUGCCAUAUUCACUGUCCUGUCAGGUCUACUCGGCAUGGUGGCCCACAUGAUGUUCACUACAGCCUUCCAGCUGACAGUCAGUGUGGGGCCAGAGGACUGGAAGCCUCAGACAUGGGACUACAGCUGGUCAUACAUCCUGGCGUGGAGCUCGUUCACAGCUUGCAUGGCCUCCUCAGUAACCAUCAUCAACCGCUACACCAAGACCAUCCUGGAAUUCAAACACAAGCGCAGAAACAUCGAGAAGAACCUGAAGAUCAAGCAGAAGCUUCUGGAGCUGGACUCUGGACCAGGGGUUGGGGUGGGACACGUUGGACAUGUGGAACAGGUGUGGGACAUGUACAUCAGCUCAGUACCCAGCUCAGGCUGCACAGCAGAGGAAUUGCUGGACUUGUCCAGUAAUGGAAGGAAGCUGUCCAAUGCUUCAGUGUUUCUGGACCUGAAUGACCUGCCGGAUCCACAAAGAGAGGAGUACUGCUGAGGAGGGAACUAUAGGAGACACGCACAAGUACGCAUAUACACACAAACAAAAACACAUACACACAAAUUACUGCCACCCAAUUUACAAACCAAAUAGCAACUGUGACUUCGUGUUAGAGGAAAUCCAACUCCAAGUUUCCCUGAUAUUCCAAGCCGAGGUAGAGAUGGGUUGAGGAUGAGAGAAAUGGAUAGCAGAGGAUGCACUAAUAAAUGGUAGAAAUGGAAAGGCAGAGAGAAGAAAUGGAUAGAGGAGAGAUGGAUAAAGGAUGAUUUCAGGAAAAAAAUAUAUAAGUGUGUGUGUGUGUGUGUGUGUGUGUGUGUGUGUGUGUGUGUGUGUGUGUGUGUGUGUGUGUGUGUGUGUGUGUGU